AUGGCUGUUUCGGUAAAUAAUAAUUUCGAAGUGAAUAUUCAUCCCGUAGCAUUAUUCAAUAUUGUUCAUGCGUAUGAACGUCGAAGUGAAAAAUUCGAUACAAUUUUAGGAACAUUAUUAGGAACAAGAACAUCUGAUUCCAUUGAAGUAACCGAUAGUUUUGUUGUACCACAUUUAACACAUGGCGAAGCCUUAUACAAUGUUGAUUAUGCGUCGUCAAUGGCAAGCUUUUAUCGUAAAGUGAAUUCGAGUCAAACAACUGUUGGAUGGUAUUCAACUGGUUCAGAUAUGAUGGCUGGAGCGAAUCUUAUUCAUGAAUUUUAUACGCAUGAAACAAGAAAUCCUGUCUACAUUGUUGUUGAUACAGGAUUGAAGAAUGAUGCACGAUUUCAAAUUAAAGCAUAUAUUGGGUCUUUGUUUGGCGUGAAAGAAGCUGGAAAAGAGAAAAUGAAAAAUCAUGGAACACUUUUUACACCUAUUCCCGUUCAUAUCGUUACAUAUGACGAAGAAAAAGCAGCUGUUGAUCUAUUUCAAAGUGGUAAAUUUAAUCAAAAAUUUCGUGUUAAACCGCCUGGUGAAUUAGAACAAGUACAACAUUCACUUGAAAAACUUUUAUUUAUGCUGAAACAAAUAACAACAUAUGUUGAUGAUGUUUUGAGUGGUAAGAAACCUUCAGAUGCACAAAUUGGCCGUAUGUUGAUGAAUUUAAUUAAUACGGUACCGAAAGUAGAUUCAAAGGAUCUUGAAAAUAUGAUUAAUACCAGCAUGAAUGAUCUGUUGAUGAUUCAGUAUUUAUCGAAAGGUGUUAAAGCACAAUUAAUGUUAAAUGAAAAAUUGACAUCAUCAACUCCUUAA